CCACCCACAGACGCCUGGCCUGCAACAGUCGGGGGUAAAUCGUGUUGGGUUGGCUUUCGUGGACUAUGAAACUGGCAGUAUUUGGAGCCAGUGGCUCUACAGGUGUGGAGCUUGUAAAACAGGCACUAGCCCAAGGUCAUGACGUCACUGCCCUGGUGAGAGACCCUGACAAGAUGGCGGGACUGGUGCCAAAUAAGGACCUCAAGAUUGAGAAGAUAGACCUUUCCUCUGCUGAUACUGUAGAACCUCAUCUGCAGGAGAAAGAUGCCGUCAUUUCCUGCCUUGGAAGUUAUGCCCUGUUUGGAUCCGUCACGCUUUAUACAGACUCCAUGGAGGUCAUUGUCACUGCUAUGAGGAAGAACAACGUCAAACGUCUGGUCUGUAUAACAUCUUGGUACACCACAGAUACUCCAUUAGAUCCGGCACCUUUCCUUAUCCGCUGGGUUAUCAAUCCGUUGUUCCUGGGACGGGUUCUGACAAACAUGGCGCAGAUGGAAGAGUUUCUUCAGGGAUGUGAAGACAUUGACUUUACCGUUGUCAGACCGCCAAUGUUAACAACGGGAUCAGUCACAGACAUGGAAUUCAACACUGAAGAAGGGCAACAGGUGCAUGAUAGAGGUGGGAUGAGAGGGAUGCGACAUGCAGAUGUGGCCCGAUUUAUGCUGUCCAUCUUAUCAUCUGAGGAAUGGAUGAGGAAAUGUGUGGCUGUCAUUGCUGUUCCUAGGAAGUAGUGGUCAGCAAUAGUCACAAUCUUUAAUCAAGUAGUAGCAGUAUUAGACUGGUUUAUUAGAUCUUCGCACAAGACAUACAUGCCUCCUGACGUCCGUGGAGGGCUGAAUUAUGAGGCUAUUUACAGAGGUGUCAGUCUAAAAAUGAUUAUACAUUUACAGUUAUGACCAUUACAAUACAAUGUUAAAAUUUGCUUGAUCUAAUUUAUUCUCGGAAUCACACAUACACACACAAAAACAAAAAUUAUUGAAUGAUUUUGGUAAUGGGAAAUAUUCAUAUCACAUAGAUACAUAUGUAUUUAACAGCUGUGUAUGUAUAUCUUUUUAUUGCACUAACUUUAAAGUUACAGUAACAUAACAUUGCCCCUUAUCAUACAGUAAACAUAACAAAUCAUAGAACAACAUCUAAUUUUACUUUUCUGAUAAUUUCAACACAUCGGUGCAUCUACUGUAAAAUCAUUAUGGUAUAUAGUACUAAGGACAAGGUCGGUUGUGUUCCGACUAUUUAUUUUUCCAUCUUUUCGCUUUACUUUCUAGCUCCAUCAAACAGACUUUGGACAACAUUUGAAAUCCAAAUAUAUUUAGGAGCUGUUUCAAUAAAUUGUACAUCAUUAAUUUGCAGUGAUUAUGCUUUAGAAAGAUAAUUUGAAUCUCAAAAAUCAGGUUCUGGUAAGUAGGCAAAUGAAAAUAAAUUAAUAAAUUUUUAGCAAUUUAGCUAAGUUGGUAGGAUUUGACAUAAACCUCAAUGAUCUCUCUGAUGAUGUUUAUUUUAUUUAUCCCUUAGAGGUUCU